GCUGCGUCUCCAUUACGUCACUCGGGGUCCCCCUGAUGCCCCCCUGAUGCUGCUGCUCCACGGCUUCCCCCAGAACUGGUUCUGCUGGCGCCACCUCCUGCGGGAGUUCAGCGCGCGGUUCCGGGUGGUGGCCCCGGACCUGCGCGGUUACGGGGACUCGGAGAAGCCGCCGGGCAGGGACAGCUACCGGCUGGAGCUGCUGCUCGGGGACGUCCGCGACGUCAUCGAGGCCCUGGGGACGCCGGCGGCGUCCCCGCGCUGCGUCCUGGUGGGACACGACUGGGGCGGCGUCCUGGCCUGGGAGGUGGCAUCGAGGCACCCGCGGUUGGUGGAGAAGCUGGUGGUGAUGGACGCGCCCCACAGGGCGGUGAUGGCAGGUGACAGAGACAGGGGACAGCGGGGACACGAGGGGGUGGAGGUGGCAUCGAGGCACCCGCGGCUGGUGGAGAAGCUGGUGGUGAUGGACGCGCCCCACAGGGCGGUGAUGGCAGCCUUCACGGCCCGUCACCCGUCGCAGCUGCUCCGUUCCUGUUACAUGUUCCUGUUCCAGCUGCCCUGGCUGCCCGAGUUGCUGCUGUCCCUGGCCGACUUCCAGCUGGUGCGGUGGUUCAUGACCAGCGCCCUGACCGGCAUCCAGGACCCGGCGCGGCGCCUCUCGGAGCAGGAGCUCGACGCCUUCCUGUUCGGCCUCUCCCAGCCCGGGGGGCUCAGCCCCCCCAUCCACUACUACCGGAACCUCUUCGGGGCCACGCCCAUUCCCCGGGAGCCGCCCCCUCCCCCCACGCUGCUGCUCUGGGGCUCCCGCGACGCCUUCCUGGACCCGCGCCUUGGCCCCGCCCACCUGCGCUGGCUCCGCCCCUCCGCCCGCCUCCGCCUCCUGCCCGGCGCCUCCCAUUGGCUGCCCGAGGAGGCGCCCCGCCCCCUGGCCAAGCUGAUUGGAGAGUUCCUGGGGGGAGGGGCCGAGGAGGGGUCGUAG